CUCUAGGGAUGUGCAGAAUGAUUUGAGCUUGAAACAUUCCAACUCAAAAUGGGCCGUUUCAAGCUCGAAACAGAACACCUUUCAAAUAAGACCUGAGUUGAUUUCCUUGCUUCUUGGUUGUUCAUACAAAUCAACUUGACUUGUAUGAUUGCAAGCCCAUUGGAAGCCAGUGCCAGCACCAGUCAGCAAGGGAAAAACAGACCUCCAAAAUGGCACUUGGAACACUAAGAAUGUACUGAGCUCAUUCCGUUGGAACAACCGACUCCACCAAUUGUUUUGACAGAAUGUUUUGGGCAUUUGUGUUCCAUUCUGAGCUCGGAACAGAAUGCAAAUCCCAUUCCGUGCACAUCCGUAGAAGACUGGUUGAGUUGCUUCUAGAAAAGUGUGGAAAUAUAAUCAUCUGGUGAAGAUACAGAAGCUAGAGGGAGGCUGGAUAACCUCUUCCAUGGUGUUGGCAGUGCUAUGCAGCCAGAUACAGAGAGGACCCGGAUGCGCCCCAAGAAACCAGACAUGGCCCUGUAUGUCCCCAGAGCACGACGCGAGAUGGCAGUCUCCACAGGCAGCACCUUGCAGGCCGCCAGAUGUGGGAGGGAGGAGAGCUGUUGCCCCCCAGGGAAGGAGAUAAUUAAAGGACGCAAGGCAAGUCAGAGUCCCCGAGCUGGGAGAGGCCUGCUUCACAGAGUCCGGGACAAGAAGGGAACUGCAUCUGGAGAGUGGACUCAUAGUGCUUCAUCAUGCCAAAGCAGUGCAAGUUCAGAGAUGCAGAAAGAGGAGGGCCUGCAGUCCCAACAGAAGCCCGAAUCACGUAGGCUGUUCCCAUGCUCCAGCCUCCUAGAUCCGGCUCUUCAUCCUCUGCCAGGUGGUGCAGGAGCGGCACCAGCUGAGUGCUGCACUGCACUCUCCUCUAACUCACUGGAGAGGGUGGCAGGGCUUCAACUUCAGCCAGGACCCGGUGAUGUGGACUGCACUUGGGAAGAAGAGCACAUGUUUCCGUCGGCAGGGCAGGGCCUUUUGUCUUUGGAAAGGACCUGCAGCACUGGCACAAGCAAGCAGGCAACAGCAGCACAUCUCCCAGAUCAGGUAGGGUUGAGUGAGGGGAAUGUCUUGGAGGACACCCAUGAGACGUAUUCAGAUCAGACAGAGGUGAGUGAAGAUUGCGGGCCGGCUAGCAAGGGUAGCCCAAUGAAGCCUUGGAGUAAAGGCCCCUCAGAACUGACUGGAGUGAGUGAAGAUGACCUGUCGGAAAGCGAGGCUCAGGGGUGUCCAGCCAGUGGCACAGAGGUGCAUGAGGAUAGCCCGUCACUGUGUGCAGGUGAGGGAGUAUUCCCUCCAACAGUUGCAAGCAAUAGUUGUGCAUUGGAGUGCAGUGACAAGGAGAUUGUGGUUCACACAGGGCGUAAUGAGCUUGGUACAUGUAAAUGCACCGACAAGAGCAACUCCAGCCAGGCCGAGGUGAGUGGCAACAGCGUGUUGGGAUAUGCACACAGGAGGGUUCUAGAUCAGAGGGGAGUAAAGGAAGGCAGUGUGGCUGAGGAUGCAGAAAGGAGCAUUCCUGCUCAAGCAGAAGCAGCAAGAGAGCAUCCUGCACCCGCACAGAGAAAGGAAAGUGCAAGUAGGGUUUCCAGUCAUGCAGCUGAACACCUGUCUGAUCAGAUUGGUAUGAGCUUGGAUAAUGUGUCUGAAUACAUGGGUGAGAGCAGCUUGAUUCAGACAGUGACAAGUAGCCUGACUGAGAAUGCAAGCCAGCCAUUCCCAGGUGACCUAGGAGUGGCUGCAGGCCGUCAUUCUUCCCCUCCUUCCUGUGGGAGGUGGGAUGGUCUGCCCUGUUGUGUUGUCAGGAUCACGGAGGGGGAAUUGGGGCCUGUGUGUGGCAGUGAACAGGAGAGGGGAAGCGACUUCUCUUGUUGCACCUGCCAGUGCAAAGCUGAUGCUUCUGAGGCUGUGGUGACAGCAGGAUAUGCCGUGUUGGGCAUGGGUCAUCAAAACAUUGAGGGUAGGGACAGUGCUGAGGCAAGGGGUUCCUCCUCCUCCUCCUCCUCCUCGGCAGCUAGCUGCUUACUGGAAUGUGCCUCUGAGAAGAUGGCAGGUUUGUCAGCUAUGGAGAGUCCAGAGGGCUUGCUGGAUGGAGCAGAAGCACCCUCAGGGGACACCUCUGUGGAAAAGCCAAUCCAUGGGGAUGUGGGCAUGAAGUUGUGGCAACCCUCUGGAGCCAAGAUGGAAGGAGAAGAGGAGCAGAGCUUGCUGUCCAGUUUGGAGGAGCCCACUAGAACCGAUGUUGGCCCUACAGCCCAUAGUGAGGAUGACAACACGGAAAGUGAGAGCUGGGAUGUUCUGUUUAAUGAUGAUGGCGACUGCCUGGAUCCACGCUUGCUGGAGGGGCUGUCUGUCCGCAGCCCACCCCCUGCAGGGCUGCAGGAGCCACGCUUUGACUACUACAACUACUCUCCAGCUGAUCUGGACCUGAGUGACUCGGAGCUGCCCCAUGUCAUCGAGAUCUAUGACUUCCCGCCCGAAUUUCGCACGGAGGACCUGCUGCGUGUCUUCUGCAGCUACCAGAAAAAGGGUUUUGACAUUAAAUGGGUAGAUGACACACAUGCACUGGGCAUCUUCUCCAGUCCCAUCACAGCCCGGGAUGCUCUCAGCACCAAGCACUUGAUGGUGAAAACCUGCCCACUGUCGCAGGCCACGCGAGCAGCCAAGAUCAAGGCACGAGCCUAUGCUGAGUUCCUGCAGCCAGCCAAAGAGCGCCCGGAGACCUCUGCUGCCCUGGCCAGGAGGCUGGUGACCGGCGCCCUUGGUGUGCGGAGCAACCAGAGCAAGGCAGAGCGUGAAGCCGAACGCAAGCAGUUGCAGGCAGCCCGAGAGCGGAAGCGCCUCGAAGCCAAGCAGAGGGAGGAUGCCUGGGAAGGCCGGGGCUGAGCCUGCGCCGUGGCCAGCAGGAGGAGCGAGAGAGCUGCUGGAGAGCCCCCUGAGGACUGGAGGGGGGGGCCCUGGGCCGAGUGGGCAGGCUGCCCUUGGGUCCCUGAGGAGGCGCUGCCGUGCCAUCGGGAGUGUGCAGCCAAGUGGGGCAAUUCUGGAGUGGCCGGACUUGCACCGUGGCAGGUGUGGACCCAAGCAGACAUCCCCCCGGGUGUUUUGGAGCCCCUGAAACAGGGGCUGGAGCUGGGCAGUGCCUCUGCUAGAGCCGCCACCUGGACCUCACGCCCCAAGGCGUCUGCCAGCCACGGCUCCCUGCAGGGUGGUGUGCCGCGGAAAAGUGACUCUGCUGCCCGGCUCCUCUCAGCCUGGAAGUGGGGCCUCUCUGUGCUGUGGGCAGUGGGCAGAGCCCGGAGCAGUGCUGUCCCCAGGGCUCCCCUGCACAAGACGGAGCCGUGCCCGCGACUGAGUUUGCUAUUAAAGUUUCUCUUUAUUUUGCAUA